GCCAGUCACCUAUCCAGACACGGAACAAGACGUUCCGAUGAAAAUAACGAAGCCGUACAAGCCAGUGUUGAAGAGGCUCCUUCGUCAUCGUUCUCAAGAGUUAGGUAUCGCUCGAACCACUCACCGACGCAUAAUUCCAACCAAUGGACUCGCCGUCAAGUCUUUAGGGUGGACAAUGAACUUCCAGGAAUUCUCUACUUUUACUUACUGUGCUAUUUAAUAACUUGGUAUUAUCUUCAGAGAUAUUCCUUAUAGUCAUGUUCUGUAUAAAGCAUUCACUAGUGAACGAUACAUUGGUUUUAG